UCGAUUGUGACUGCUACGGUGUGCUGCUUCUCUGGAGUGCCAGAAAAUGCAAGUUGUGUUUGCAUUUAUCACCUGUGCUUCGUGCAUCGCUGCUACAGGCGUGUUAGCGGAAGAAGAAAGUGACCUGCUGAGCUGCCCAGCUAACCUAUUAGCUGAACCAUUGUCACCGGGCCGUGACAUGGCUUCGGGGGAAAAUUGGAAGGAUGCCUGCUCCGUCUACGAUUUCACCGCGGAAGAUAUCAAGGGCGUGAACGUCUCCCUUAGAAAAUACGCCGGUCACGUUGUACUGGUAGUGAAUGUUGCCUCUCGAUGUGGCUUCACCGACUCCAACUACAGGCAGCUGCAGGCACUGCACGACAAGUACGCUUCCAACGAUCCACCUCUGAGCAUCCUGGCAUUUCCCUGCAACCAGUUCGGAAGUCAGGAACCUGGGAGCAACGCGGAAAUAGAGGACUUCUGCAAGUCGACGUACGAUGUUAAGUUCGACAUGUUCGCCAAAGUGGACGUGAACGGCGACGGCGCUCACCCGCUUUGGAAGUUUCUCAAGCAUCGUCAAGGGGGUACCUUGGGCGACGAAAUCAAAUGGAACUUUACCAAAUUCCUUGUUAACAAGUCUGGACAGCCUGUAGGUAGAUACUCGCCAACGACAGCGCCCAGUGCUAUUGAAAAUGACAUCAAGAAGCUGCUUGCUGGUUCUUCGCAACUCUGAACUCACACUGGGGCAUGUGA